AUGGGGAAGUAUGCCUCGCGCCUUCUCGCGUCGACUACUCCAGGCCCCAUCGUCGGCGACUAUGAGAUCGUAGGCAGAGACUUCCUUGCCGGCCUGGGCGACUUAGAUAUCUGCGCCAAGGCCGACGCCGAGGGCUACACGCGUAACAUCGAAGGGGUUGAACCGCCCACGCGCCGCUGGGCCUCCGCGCAUUUCUGCCCCGCCGCCUUCCACGACGACGCAGCCGAUGAGGGUCCCGCACCGCGCCUCAUCGAUAAUAGCUGCGAGGAUUUCAACAUCCAGGGCCGGUACCGCGUGACCCCCGACAUGGCUGCCCUGGGCAGCAUCAUCCUGCACGAGAUGACGCACUCCAACGCUAACGGAGAGUCCGUGUUCGGUAACAACCCCCCAAACCAGGAUGUGGGUGGCUCGUUGAUCACGGAUCUGAACAACGGCUAUGGCCCGAUCAAUACGAGACGCAUCAGGGCGGAGACUCCACAGUUGGCUAAGAGGAACGUGGACAACUACAAUGGAAGGUUUGAGGAUCCGAUACCUUGA